AUGCUGCGCUUGUUGCAGUAUUGCAAGAAGGAGUGGCUGUGGCAUUUGUCUGGAUUCACGUUCCUGUUUGUGUAUUCAGUUACCCGCAUCUUUAUUCCAUACUACACGGGACAAGUUAUCGCAACUGUCGUCGAGACGAAAUCGUAUGACAAUCUCCAUCAGGCCGUUUAUACGAUGACUGUUAUUUCACUCGUCAGCGGUGUUUGCGCCGGAUUCCGUGGCGGCUCUUUCGAAUACGCCUACUCACGAGUGGCCCGUUCCGUGCGAUACGACUUAUUCUGGGCAUUGGUCAAGCAGGAUGUCGCCUUUUUCGAUGCGCACAAAACUGGUGAGAUCGCGUCGCGCUUGGCCUCUGAUUGCCAAACGAUGUCAGAUACUGUGGCGAUGAACGUCAACGUCUUCCUGCGAAACGUGGUGUGCCUGGUCGGCUCGAUGCUUUUCAUGAUGACGCUCUCCUGGCGUCUCUCGCUCAUCACCUUCAUCCUCGUCCCGAUCAUCUUUGUGGCGUCCAAGAUUUUCGGAACGUAUUAUGACUACCUCUCCGAGAAGACGCAGAAUAACGUCGCACAAUCGAACGAUGUGGCCGAGGAAGUGAUUUCCACCAUGCGCACCGUUAGAUCGUUUGCUUGUGAAAAUUAUGAAGGAGACCGGUUCUACCAACGGCUGACAGACACACUAAACGUGACCAGAACAAAGGCCAUUGCGUAUGUUGGCUUUUUAUGGGUCUCUGAGCUCUUCCAAACGUUCAUCGUCGUCGCUGUCCUUUGGUAUGGCGGUCAUUUGGUGCUCGUUGGCAGGCUCAAGUCUGACCUCCUCGUCUCGUUCCUGCUCUACCAAAUGCAAAUGGCCGACAAUCUGAGGCAGAUGGGAGAAGUGUGGACGGGGCUUAUGCAGUCGGUUGGAGCCUCGAGGAAGGUAUUUGAAUACAUCGACCGCGAGCCGACCAUCCAACAUCACGGCAAGCUGAAGCCCGAACGAUUGGCGGGCAAAAUCGAAUUCAAGAAUGUCCACUUUGCCUACCCGACUCGGCCUCAACUGCCGAUUUUGCGUGACCUCUCGUUCACCGCCGAAGUUGGACAAACGGUGGCCCUGGUUGGCCCGUCUGGUAGUGGAAAAUCCUCGUGCAUCGCCCUUUUGGAGAAUUUCUAUUUGGCAAAUGCUGGACAGAUCCUUAUCGACGGCAUUGCCCUUGUCGGCCAGGAGCCAAUCCUCUUUGCUCGAUCUGUGGCCGAGAAUAUUGCUUAUGGGUGUGAGGUGACUGAGCAAGACGUCGUCACCUCGUCCCAAAUGGCCAACGCCCACGGCUUCAUCGUUCAAACGACGCAGCAGUACCAGACCAACGUCGGCGAGAAGGGCAGCCAGAUGUCCGGAGGUCAAAAACAGCGAAUUGCCAUUGCGAGGGCGCUCGUCCGGCAGCCGGCCAUUCUGCUCCUCGAUGAAGCGACGUCAGCGCUGGAUACAGAGAGCGAGUCUGUCGUCCAGGAGGCCAUCUCAAAGAAUUUGGAAGGAAAGACGGUGAUCAUGAUUGCGCAUCGACUGUCGACUGUGGAGAAGGCUGAUAAGAUUAUUGUCAUCAAUAAGGGUGUCGUGGAGCAACAAGGAACGCACGAAGAGCUUCUUCGCCAACCUGGCACAUACGCCACCCUCGUCCAGCGGCAAAUGCUUGGCGAUCAUAAGAACGCCCCGAAGGCCAUAAAGCCGUCUGGCGAAAGCGCGAUUCCCGUCUCACCACCCCACUCGACGGCCAGAAGCCUUUUGGGCACAUCAUUCUCCCAGUCGGCCUCCAGCUUCCAAUCCAAA